AUGCUGCAGUUGUAUCCUGGGAAUCUGAGCGCUAUGCAACCGUCACACUACGGGGCUUGUCCCUAUCGUAGUGAAAUAAGGUUCCUACAAUCACCUGAGCAAUGGCGAGCUAUAACUCAGAUCAUAAACGAGGGCAGAUCAGGGGGUCAGUCAGAGAAGCUUUCUGGUAAGCCUAUUGGUGAUGUUAUUAUCGACUCGGGUGCAUCGCACCAUAUGACAGGGAAUAUAUCUCUGCUUAUAAACGUAAGGAGCACGCAACCAUGUAUUGUUGGUUUUGCGGAUGGAGGGACUUCUACCUCUACACAGAUGGGUGAUAUGGUUCUUACUGAUCGUAUCUCACUCAGAGAUGUGCUCCUUGACCGUUCUUCGAAGACUCUGAUUGGAGCCGGUGAAGAGCGUGGUGGGGUUUAUUUCUUCAAGGAUGUGAGAGUGGCACGAGCUAACAGGGCUGAUGAGAAGGGAGAGAUUAACGUGGAGGAAAGGGCACUGGUUAGUGGUCCUGAUGAUGAUUGGAUUAUCAAUGUGGUUGAGAAGGAUAAGGGAAAGGUUUCUUGCAUAGAAGAGAAGUCAGCAGGGACUGAAGCAGCUAAGUCUGUUAAGGAUGCAGUGCUUGAUGCAUCAACUAUGACACCGGAACAUAGUGUAGUAGCUACAAAACAGAGCAGUAGCGAUGGCGUAGUUGACAAGGAGACUGAUAAGGGCUCUACUGAAACAAAAGAACCAGAGUUGGGCAGAGGUUGCAGAGAGAAGAUACCGUCGGUUAAGUUGCGAGAUUAUAUUAACUACAAUGCGUCUGUUCUCGCUGAACAAAAAAACCCAUCACGGUCUCGCCUCCUCUGUUACAAAAUCAGAGUCUCCGUUGACAGUCCAAGUGUGGUUGAUUUGCCACCUGGAAAGAAAGCUAUUGGAAAUAUGUGGGUCAAUAAAUACAAGUACAAUGCGGAUGGGACUAUGGAGAGACCCAAAUCUCGGUUGGUGGCUUUAGGAAACAGACAGGAAAAGGUUUGGAUAGUGCACCAGAUGGAUGUGCACAACGCCUUUUUGCAUGGUGAUCUUAAAGAGGAGGUUUACAUGAAGCUUCCCCCGGGGUUUCGAGCUUCAGAUCCGAACAAGGUUUACUGCGACGCGGACUGGUCCGCUUGUCCUACUACUAGGAGAUCGCUAAGUGCUUAUGUAGCACUUGUGGGGGAGUCGCCAGUGUCUUGGAAGACCAAGAAACAAGGAGUUGUGUCGCAUUCUUCGGCGGAGUCGGAGUAUCAUUCUAUGGCGUUGGCAACAAGGGAAAUUAAGUGGUUGAGAAGUCAAGCAAUUCUACAAACUUAUACAGAAACUCAGCUAAAGAACGCCCCGAUGGAUUUGUUUGAUAGUGAUGAUGAGACGUGUAGUUUAAGCUCCUUCUACACCAUGCCGUCUGAGAGACCUCGCAUGGAUGAAGUUCACGUUCCCAAAGAUUUAAUGUUGGAUCAAUCUCUUGAUGCUCUCUAUGAGAAAAGGAGUUCAACGAGAGAGCAAGCUUUGGCCUCCAUUGUUGACGCAUUCAAGAGCGACUUGCAGCAUGAGUUUGUGGAAAAGAACUUUGCCACCUUGUUGCAUCGGUGUUUACGCUGCAUCAAGAAAGGGUCCAGUAAGGAGUCCUCACUAGCAUCACAUGUUAUUGGGUUGCAAGCUUUGACUGUUGGACUUGGGGAUCAAGCACAAGAGAUUCUAGAAGAAUCUGUCACUCCUCUCUCUCAAGCCCUUAAAUCUAGUGGUGCAGCCUUGAAGAUAACUUCGAUUCUUGAGUGUUUAGCAGUGAUAACCUUUGUUGGUGGAACCAAUGCUGAUCAAACCGAGAGAUCUAUGCAAAUAAUAUGGCAAAUGAUUCAUCCUGAACUGGUUUCUAAUGUUGUUGCAACCCAAACUUCACCUGCUGUGAUAACAACCGCUGUCUCUUCAUGGGCGUUUCUACUCAUAACAGUUGAUAGAUGGACCCUAGGUCCCAAAAUUUUGCAAGAGACCGUAGCUUAUCUCUCCACACUGUUGGAAAAGGAUGACCGUUCUGUACGUAUAGCUGCUGGUGAAGCGCUUGCUCUUUUAUUUGAGAUGGGAACUCUAGAGAAGUUUGAUGCCAAAGCCAAAGGGUGUGCUAAUGGCUCGGUGGAAGAAGAAGAAAGUGUAUCCCAUGAGGCAUUGGUAGACAUGGAUAGAUUAAUAUCUAAAGUCACUAAUCAAAUUAGAGACCUCGCUGUAGAGGCAGGUGGUAAAGGUUGUGCUAAGAAAGAUCUCAACACACAAAGAAGUUUGUUCAAAGAUCUUGUUGAGUUCCUUGAGAGUGGAGUAGCACCUGAAACCUCUACAAAGGUUGGAGGGACCUCUAUAGAGACGUCAACGUGGUGCCAGAUGAUACAGUUGAAUUUUUUGAAGCAUUUCCUUGGGGGUGGCUUUAUCAAGCAUAUGCAAGAGAAUGAGUUCCUUCACGAUGUGUUUAGUUUCACUCCAAAGAAGAUUGGUGGACAUUCUACGAUGACUAGUGAAGAAAAGAAGUUUUUUCAAUCACCAAACUCAGCUGUCAGCAAAGCAAGGACGCAAUACAUGAAGAAGCAGAGGAUCUCUAACAAGGAGGUUUUCUUCAUUUAGUAGUUGAUUUGUUUUAAAUCAACGUUUUCAAAUUUGUAAAUGACAAAUUUUCGGUUGUUAUUCAAUUUGAAAAUUCCAGUGUUAUUGAAAAUUA